GUCACUCCAUUCCGCGUAAUCCCUUUCCUUGCCAUGUCCGCUGUACUGCAAUACCCACCUGAACUCCUAUUUACUAUAUGCGAAUAUAUCUAUGCCGCAGGCUUACCACCUUCCGAGUUUGCCAGUUCUCUCGAUCCACUCGCAAUUGGCGAGUUUGGUACCCCAACUGCUUUACCCUCUUCUAUGCCACCACCAAACUGGAGCGAGCCAGAAGCACGUAAAACACUUUCUCGUCUCUGCUUGGUGAACCAUGCUUGGUAUGAAGCUGCCAAGCCAUGGCUCUGGCAAAAAAUCGAGGUCCGUCUCCCUAGGAGCUGGCUUGCUUUGCUCGACGAGAUCACCGAUACCGAAGACGAUGAAAAGGCUGCUUUGGCAGUUACACAAUCUAUUCAGGCAGCCACUCACGCUGCUCUAGCUAGUACUGUGCGUACAGGCGCAUCUUCAGACGAGGAUGCAGCUAGGAGAUGGAAGGAAUGCAUCAUGGAGUCCUUGACUGGCCCAGAUGGUUCCAUUCCCCCUGAGCUGUUGACGCCUCCAGCAUCUCGUGACCCGAGUCCCAGACGUCUCAGGCCGAAGAGCAAAAGUCCUGCUCGCUGGAAGAUUAUGAGGACAAUCAGUGAUGCCGUUCAAAAUGUUAUGGAUCUUGCUGAACCUGGUGUUUAUGUUCCGAGACUUCACGAUCCUCGCCCUGGUCGGUUUGUCAGGCAUCUAGACUUCAACCACUUUCGUACCAUCGGAAUGCGUCGUUCCGUAGAAGAUACUGCAACUAGCCGUUUCGUGACCGGUGAACGCGUCGAAGCUCUUCUCAAGGAACUUCCAAACCUAAUUGCUUUUGGUGCUACGGAGUACAUGGAUGGUGCUCUGUCGCUGCCCGUUCUGAAUGAACUUUUGCUUCGUGGUUCUGCCUCCAGAGGAGGCGGUCGCCCUACCCGUGGACGAGGAAUCGCGGUGGACGAUCCAGAAGAAGAUGAUCGCGAAAGAAGGAGAGACUGCAAGGACCUUCAGGCUAUGGACCUUACUGGCUGCGUCAGCGCAGUUUUCGUCAGCGCCCUGACAGACUUUGUCAACACGCAUCUUCUUCAUGAGGAUGAACACUCUAGUGGAAGUGACGAUGAAGGUCGACGUCAGAUUAGACGUGCUCGUGCUCGAUUUAUGCAAGAGGAGCCACUCACGUUCCCAGGGCUUCAGCGCCUUGGACUUCGUGGUGUGAAAUCGAUUCAACCUCGGAUUCUGAUGCCUUUCGUCCUCGCGUUCCCUUCCCUUACUCACCUUGACCUUUCUGCUACCCGAGUCACACCGGAAUUACUCACUGCUAUUGGGGGCUCAACCGUUCGCCUGCGUUCGCUUGCUCUGGCCCGGUGUGUACACCUCACUGGGCUUAGUAUUAGGGAUUUCCUCGUUCGUGCACCGGCCGCUGCGAAAAUCCAGGAACUAACGCUAUACGGCGAUCGAACAUUCCCGUCUCCGCUCACUGCGGAUGAUCUCACUGAAAUAAUAACUUCCGCGCCGUGUUUCACCUCUGGUGAACUUACCUACCUCGACCUCUCAAGCGCACCCGUGUCUAGAGAGCUCCUCAUUGACGUCUGCAAACCGCAACCGAAGCUGCGGUCGCUUGGUCUAUCAUAUAUUCCUGAUCUUGAAUUAGACGUCAUCGCUCAAUUUUUAAAGAGCAAGGCUGUCAAUGUCGAGGUGCUUACGCUUGUGUCUACUAGCCCCGAUUUAGAUUGGGGCAGGGCCGGACCUGGGAUGGGUGCCCCUCGAGGCUCGGCACAACAGGCGACGAUUGCUUUACACUCUCGAAUUAUCGGGCCGCUGUGCACGCCCCCCUACAUGUCCACUCUACGUUCGCAGACGGUUGUAAUACCUCCUUCUCCUACACGACUUCGGGUGAUUGAGCUGUCCGUACCCACUCUCGCUGCCCUCGGUGCUGGCGCUGGGACGUGGAGAAUAAUAAGAAGUAAAGGUGGUCGAGGCUGGUAUGUCGACACAGCCAGUGGCUGGGUCGGAGCCGGACUCCAGCGGAACCUUCCCCAAGCGCACCCCUUCCGGGUUCAAAUGUGCCGCCUGGCAGAUGCCAACGGGAACGUAAACAGCGGAGUUGGAUGGCAUGCGAGGAAGAUGGAAGUUCUGCAUGGCUGUGGCAUGUUGGGACGUGAGGAUGGCCUGUAUGGUGCUGUUUCGUUUGCUUACCAGGGAUAGUUUGACGUUGUCUGAUCCACGUUCGUGUUUUUCCGUUACCUGCCGUUGACGGCUCUAUAAGCAUUGCGUUGUAUGUAUUUGAACGGACUCCAGGAGCAGUGUCUGUGUGACGUUUGUACCUUGCCAACGCUAAAGUUUCAGAACGAUCGAGAGUCCGAGAGAGCCGAGGGCUAGAAUCGUUUGCACCAUUUCCUUAUGAUAAUCUUUAAUCACAGGCUUCGUACGCUUCGACAUUAUUUAGAGUCGUGUUUAUGUACUUAGCCCUUAGAAUUGUUC